CAGCCUGAACUGACUAAAACACCUACAUCUCAACAAUAUGCCGCUUGCCUUAGAAAACGGUCUAAACCAAGUCGUAGCGUCCAGAGAUUUUCCAUCAUGUUUGGAGUCUGGCGGAUAAUGAGAUACUCAAGACACUGUUGAACCAAAGAAACACUCUUGCUUUGCUCUUGCAGGUUAAGAAGAGUUACAUCCCUGAGCUACCUAUUACGGGCAACUCAUUUUAUGAAGUUAGCAAAUCUUGCUAUUCAAACAAGAAAUGGACAAAAAUGCUUAGGCCAGGCUGAUUAUAAAUGCAGGUUACACAUCCAGGGUCGUUCCUUCCGCCCUCCGCCCCUUGACCCAGGUGCAACUCGGCUUCUCUGACGCUAAUCUACAAAUGAGGUAAAAAGCUGGAGGUCUAAGACACCACCAACGGAGCCGCUCCUUCCCCACGCUUCUAUGGUUCUCAGGUUACUCUCACCACCGAGAACUCUAUGGUUCCGGGGCGGGCUGGGAGGCCUGAGUUUGAAAGCUGUGGCGGGAAGAUGGUGGCUGCACCUGUCACCAGGCCCGGUUUCUCCGGAGCGGGAGGACGCUGGGACUGUGGCUUUCCCUGAAUCCCCGAGAAGAGUUCGCGAUGAAUGUCCUGCGCUGGAGUGGGAAACGGCGGCGUUCAGUAUCAGGCUCGGACUCCUUCUCGGGAAGCGGCGUUGACGGCUGUGACAGCCCCCUGCUCCCCUCGGGGCCCGUGCUGAGCCCGCCCCCGGGCCUGGGACGCUGCUUGAAGGACCGCGGCCGCCCGCCGGCCGCAGCUGCAGGAGAAUGCAAGCAGACAAUUCCUGACGAUCAAAUAGACAAGUUGCUGUUGGCAAACUGGGGACUUCCUGUAGCGGUUCUGGAGAAAUAUCACAGUUUUGGUGUAAAAAAGAUGUUUGAAUGGCAGGCAGAGUGCCUUUUGCUUGGACAAGUCCUGGAAGGAAAGAAUUUAGUCUAUUCAGCUCCUACGAGCGCUGGGAAGACUCUUGUUGCUGAAUUACUUAUGUUGAAGCGAGUUUUGGAAAUGCGGAAGAAAGCUUUGUUUAUUUUGCCCUUUGUCUCUGUGGCUAAAGAGAAGAAAUACUAUCUUCAGAGUCUGUUUCAGGAAGUAGGAAUAAAUGUGGACGGUUAUAUGGGCAGUGCCUCUCCAAGAGGGCAUUUCACUUCCUUGGAUAUUGCUGUCUGCACAAUUGAAAGAGCCAAUGGUCUGAUCAAUCGCCUCAUAGAGGAAAAUAAGAUGGAUCUAUUAGGAAUGGUGGUUGUGGAUGAAUUGCAUAUGCUGGGAGACUCUCACCGAGGGUAUCUGCUGGAACUUUUGCUCACUAAGAUUUGCUAUAUUACACACAAGUCAGCAUCUUGCCAGGCAGAUUUAGCCGAUCCUCUAUCUAAUGCUGUGCAGAUCGUUGGCAUGAGCGCUACUCUUCCUAAUUUGGAGACUGUAGCUUCCUGGUUGAAUGCUGAGCUCUACCACACCAACUUUCGUCCUGUACCACUGUUAGAGUCAGUAAAAAUUGGAAAUUCUAUCUAUGACUCUUCAAUGAAGCUUGUCAGAGAAUUUCAACCCAAUCUACAAGUAAAGGGAGAUGAGGACCAUGUUGUUAGUUUAUGUUAUGAGACCAUUUGUGAUAACCAUUCAGUAUUACUUUUCUGUCCAUCAAAGAAAUGGUGUGAGAAGUUGGCAGAUAUCAUUGCCCAUGAGUUUUAUAAUCUACACCAUCAAGCCAAGGGAUUGGUAAGAUCAUCUGAACUUCCGCCUGUGAUACUGGAACAAAAGGCUCUCCUGGAAGUGAUGGAUCAAUUAAAACGUUCGCCUUCAGGACUCGACUCUGUAUUACAAAAAACUAUACCAUGGGGGGUAGCAUUUCAUCAUGCAGGUCUUACUUUUGAAGAGAGGGAUAUCAUUGAAGGAGCCUUCCGUCAAGGUCAGAUUCGGGUUUUGGCAGCAACUUCUACUCUUUCAUCUGGGGUGAAUCUACCAGCACGUCGUGUAAUUAUUCGGACUCCUAUUUUCAGUGGUCAACCUCUAGAUAUUCUUACUUAUAAGCAGAUGGUUGGUCGUGCUGGCAGGAAAGGGGUAGACACAGUAGGUGAAAGUAUCUUAGUUUGUAAGAACUCUGAAAAAUCAAAAGGCAUAGCUCUACUUCAGGGAUCUCUAAAACCUAUUCGUAGCUGUUUGCAAAGACAAGAAGGAGAAGAAGUAACUGCGAGCAUGAUAAGAGCUAUUCUGGAGAUAAUAGUUGGUGGAGUAGCAAGUACAUCACAAGAUAUGCAGACUUAUGCUUCUUGCACAUUUUUGGCUGCAAGUAUGAAAGAAGGGAAGCUGGGAAUUCAGAAGAACCAAAAAUCUGUUCAACUUGGAGCAAUUGAGGCCUGUGUAAUGUGGCUGCAGGAAAACGAAUUCAUCCAAAUUACUGAAGCUAGUGAUGGAACAGAAGGAAAAGUGUAUCAUCCAACACAUCUCGGUUCAGCAACUCUUUCUUCUUCACUUUCUCCAACUGAUACUUUAGAUAUUUUUGCUGACCUCCAAAGAGCGAUGAAGGGCUUUGUUUUAGAGAAUGAUCUGCAUAUUGUUUAUCUGGUUACACCUAUGUUUGAGGAUUGGACUACUAUUGAUUGGUAUCGAUUUUUCUGUUUAUGGGAGAAAUUGCCAACUUCUAUGAAACGGGUGGCAGAGCUAGUCGGAGUUGAAGAAGGGUUCUUGGCUCGCUGUGUGAAAGGAAAAGUCAUAGCAAGAACUGAGAGACAGCAUCGCCAGAUGGCCAUCCAUAAAAGGUUUUUUACCAGUCUUGUGCUAUUAGAUUUAAUCAGUGAAGUUCCGUUAAAGGAAAUUAACCAGAAAUACGGAUGCAGUCGUGGACAGAUUCAAUCUUUACAACAGUCAGCUGCUGUUUAUGCAGGGAUGAUCACAGUAUUUUCCAACCGCCUGGGCUGGCACAACAUGGAACUACUACUUUCUCAAUUUCAGAAGCGUCUUACAUUUGGCAUCCAGAGGGAGCUGUGUGACCUGGUCCGGGUGUCCUUACUUAAUGCACAGAGAGCCAGGUUCCUCUAUGCUUCUGGCUUUCUUACUGUGGCAGAUCUUGCCAGAGCAGAUAUUGCGGAGGUGGAGACUGUUCUGAAAAAUGCUGUUCCCUUUAAGAGUGCCCGAAAGGCAGUGGAUGAGGAAGAGGAAGCAGUUGAAGAACGUAGGAAUAUGCGAACUAUUUGGGUGACUGGCAGAAAAGGUUUAACUGAAAGGGAAGCAGCAGCCCUUAUUGUAGAAGAAGCCAAAAUGAUUCUGCAGCAGGACUUAGUUGAAAUGGGAGUGCAAUGGGAUCCAUAUUCCCUUUUAAAUUCUGAUACACAGUCAUUGACCAGCAGUGAGUCAGAAGUAAAGGAACAGAAAUUUAUACUCCAAACUAAGAGAUCUUGUAAAAGAUUAACAUCAAAGAAAAAAAGUAACUCGAUGCUUAGUGAUUCUUCUGCUAAGCAUUCACCAAAUACUGUGCAAGAUUUACAGAAAAGUGGAGAGCAUACAAAUUCCUUUUAUGAUAAGUUACACAAUGGGAAUCAAGAAUGCCAGGCACAUUCCAUUUAUAGAGCAAGAAAACGGGCUUCUUUGAAUACAAGUAAAGAGAAGCUAAGAACCUCUCUGAAUGAGGGAAAAACACACACUAAAAAAGUUGUUCAGACUCUCUUAUUUGAGAAAACAAAAAAAGAAGCUCUGAGUUUCAGUUCAGAAAAGAUGAGUACUGCCUCUGGAUCUUGGACACAUAGUAAACGUGUAAAACAAUCCAGACACAGUAGCCCUGUGAAAGACAUUGGGAUGUAUAGAAUUGAUUUACAGGAACAGACUAUGUCUAAUCCUGUUUAUUGUGAAGACACAUUUUCCUUAAAUGAGAAGAAUGUGGAAUUUAAAAGUCCAGAGCCUUUUGGUAAAAAUGUAUCUUUCUGUGCUGAGGGAAAAUACAGCAAAGCAUCAUUCUCAUCACAAAGAGAGCAAAGUUCAAAGAAUAAAACAAAAACUAACGAUAUUCUUGUGGAACAUUUUAUCACACGAUCCCAGAGUAAAAAAGUGAAUUGUCAACCCACUAGUAUGGUUAGUGAAAAUGAAAGAGGGUUCACUGUUGUUCAGUCAGAAAAAACAAACAAAGUCCUGAUGGUACAAAAUGACUCAAAAAACCGGAAUGUUUAUGUAAAACAUGACACCCACUCAAUUAACCAGUGCCCGGAAAAACAAUCUGAUAAGCAGACAAACACUUACACCAAACAGAAAGAAACAAUAGAGAGACAAAUACCCUGUGAGACAGGCAGUAGUUUUAUGAAUAGAGACUCAAAUGUUAUUAUCAAGUGUGGAAGUAUGAAGUUUAAUGGUGAGGAAAAUAAAUCAAAUAAUCUUCAGGUAUCAGGAGAUAAUAUAAGUAGCACCGAGAUACUCAGAUUACAUCUCCCAACUGGAAAAUCAGGAGGCCAGCAUGAGAAUUUUCUAAAUACCUCUAGAAUACAGGAAAAAACAGAUGCUUAUGCAGCAAACAAAACUAAGAAUAAUUGUGUUUCUGACUUAGGUUUAGUUGCUUAUGAAUUCGAAGGAAGUUUCUACCUGGAUACUCAGUCAGAGAAAAUAAUACAACAGAUGGCAACUGAAAAUGCCAAACAAGGAGCAAAGGAUGCCAACCUGGCAACAGGGAUGAUGCAGAAGAGCUUAGACAACAAGAGCUCGGUACACUCUUUUCAGAAUGAGAUUCAUAUUACUUUUCCUGGUGAACAACAUUCUCCAGGAGUGACAAAUACAGAUCAUUUGGAAGUUAAGACUGUAGCUGCUAUGAAACAAGGCACUGAUUCACAUGGGGUUGAUAUCCUGACUCCAGAAAGCUCAGUUUUUCAUUCUCCAAUACUCUUGAGGGAAAAUGGCCCUUGUUUUAAAGGGAAUGAACUUUCUGUCACCGACUCUCAAUUAAAUAGUUUCCUUCAAGGUUAUCAAACACAAGAAGCUAUGAAACCAGUUACACCUCUCGUUCCUCAAGAGAGAACUUCCACUGGUAUAGAAGCAGAAUGUCUGCCAGUUCCUGAAACAAGUUUGAAUUUGAGUGAUAGUUUACUCUUUGACAGUUUCAGUGAAGACUACCUAGUAAAAGAACAACUACCUGAUAAACAAGCAAAAGAACCCCUCUCUUCUGCACUAACAUCAAACCAUUUCAGUCAUUCUAUGGGUGUGCAACCAGAGGGACCAAUUAGAAAAUCAAAUAUGAAUGAGAAUCAAGAUAAUCAGCAACAGUUGACUUGUUUCAGUGAUGAAUCUAUUAUAUUUUCAGAAAUGGAUUCUGCUCAGAUGGUUGAAGCUUUGGACAAUGUAGAAAUAUGUCCUGUCCAAGAGAAACAGAAUACUGCAGUAUCUCUUAGAGCAUUAGAACUAAGUGAUCCAACGACUGUAGGUAAUGAUUAUCCACAAAGAGAAGUAAUUGGAGGAGAUAAAGGUGAAAGGUCUCAAAAACCCGAAUUAACUGAGACAGGGGAAAAUAAUUCAUUCUUAUGGUCAGGGGCAUCGUUUGAUUUAAGUCCAGGACUGCAGAGACUUUUAGACAAAGUGUCCAGUCCUCUAGAAAAUGAAAAGCAAAAAUUAACCACUCCAAACUUGUCUAGUUUGAAAGGAAAAAAUACAGAAUUAAAUGACAAACAAAAAGUGAUUUCAAAUUUGGAGCCAAAUCAAGUGCAGGGAAUCUCAUUUUCCCCUAAUACUGAAGUAAAAAGCAAGAUUGGGGCUCUGGAGACCAAUGCCUUUCAUGAAACCUCAUCCCCCUUGCCUUGUAAAGAGAACUGUAUAGCUGAUGAUAAUGGACUCAUUCCUCCUACACCCAUUCCAGCAUCUGCUUCUAAGCUGGUAUUUUCAAGUAUUCUUGGAACAUCUUCUGUAAAACUUCGGAAGACACACAGUGUUUUACAGCUUGAUGAAAGUUACUCAUUUGGCUCAUCUUCAAAUAUUAAAAACAGAGAUUUAAGUUCAGAGAGUAGAAAUGGUUUAAAAGAGGACAGUCCUAUUAGAGACGCAAGUUUUUCACUGCAAUUGUCACAGGAUGGAUCGCAGUUAACUCCAGCCUCAUUCAGCCCAGGAAGUUUGGCCAUAAUUGAUGUAGCAAGUGACCAAACUCUCUUUCGAACAUUCAUUAAGGAGUGGCAGUGCAAAAAGCGAUUUUCCAUCUCACUGGCUUGUGAAAAGAUCAGUAAUUUGACAUCUUCUAAAAGUGCUACUAUUGGUGGUAGGUUUAAGCAAGUUAACUCACCUCAGGAAACCCCUAUUAGAGAUUAUGGUGUUCCUGUUAAAGGUUGUGAUGACAUCCUGUUGGUUGGUCUGGCAGUAUGCUGGGGUGGAAGAGAUGCCUAUUAUUUUUCAUUGCAGAAGGAACAAACGCAUCCUGAAAUUAGUUCCAGUUUGGUCGCACCUUCUCUGGAUCCAAGCCUGACUGUGAAAGAGAGAAUAUGGUACCUUCUAUCCUGCUUUCAAAAGGAAUCUGAUAAAGAACGUUCUGUUAUCAUCUAUGACUUCAUCCAGAGCUAUAAAAUUCUUCUUCUGUCUUGUGGUAUCUCCCUGGAACAAAGUUAUGAAGAUCCUAAGGUGGCGUGCUGGUUACUAGAUCCCGAUUCUAAGGAGCCAACUCUUCACAGCAUAGUUUCCAGUUUUCUUCCUCAUGAGCUUCCCCUCCUGGAUGGGAUAGAGACUGGACAAGGAAUUCAGAGCCUGGGGCUGAAUGUCAACAGUGAGCAUUCAGGGCGAUACAGAGCGUCUGUAGAGUCGAUUCUCACCUUCAAUGCUAUGAAUCAACUCAAUUCUUUGUUGAAGAAGGAAAACCUUAAAGAUGUUUUCUGUAAAGUGGAAAUGCCCUCUCAGUACUGCUUGGCCUUACUAGAGCUAAAUGGAAUUGGCUUUAGUACUGCAGAAUGUGAAAGCCAGAAACACAUAAUGCAAGCCAAGCUGGAUGCAAUCGAGACUCAGGCCUAUCAACUAGCUGGACACAGUUUUUCCUUCACCAGUUCAGAUGACAUCGCUGAGGUUUUAUUUUUGGAAUUGAAGUUGCCACCAAAUGGAGAAAUAAAAAACCAAAACAGCAAGAAAACUUUGGGUUCUACCAGAAGAGGGAAUGACAAUGGACGCAAGCUAAAGCUGGGAAAACAGUUCAGCACUAGUAAGGAUGUUUUAAAUAAAUUAAAGGCAUUGCAUCCUUUACCAGGCUUGAUAUUAGAGUGGAGAAGAAUCACUAACGCUAUUACCAAAGUGGUCUUUCCUCUACAGCGGGAAAAACGUCUGAAUCCUUUUCUUGGAAUGGAAAGAAUCUAUCCUGUAUCACAAUCACACACUGCUACGGGACGAGUAACAUUUACAGAACCAAAUAUUCAGAAUGUGCCAAGAGAUUUUGAGAUCAAAAUGCCAACAGUAGUAGGGGAAAGCCCACCUUCCCAAGCCCUAGGCAAAGGCCUACUUCCCAUGAACAGAGGAAAAGAGAAGAGUUGUGGCAUAAACUCUGGACACCAGGCACAGAUGGAGGAGAGAGCCUCGGACAGAGGAAUGCCAUUUUCAGUCAGCAUGCGACAUGCCUUUGUGCCUUUUCCAGGUGGUUUAAUAUUAGCUGCUGAUUACUCUCAACUUGAACUGAGGAUCUUGGCUCAUUUAUCCCACGAUCGUCGCCUCAUUCAAGUAUUAAACACUGGAGCUGAUGUUUUCAGGAGUAUUGCAGCUGAGUGGAAGAUGAUUGAGCCAGAGUCUGUUGGGGAUGAUCUGAGGCAACAAGCAAAGCAGAUUUGCUAUGGAAUCAUUUAUGGAAUGGGUGCUAAAUCUUUGGGAGAGCAGAUGGGCAUUAAAGAAAAUGAUGCUGCUUGCUACAUUGAUUCCUUUAAAUCCAGAUAUACAGGGAUUAAUCAUUUCAUGAGAGAGACGGUGAAGAAUUGUAAAAGAGAUGGGUUUGUCCAGACCAUUUUGGGAAGGCGUAGAUAUUUACCAGCAAUCAACGACAACAACCCUUACCAUAAAGCUCACGCUGAGCGUCAGGCCAUCAACACAACAGUCCAAGGUUCGGCGGCUGAUAUUGUCAAAGUAGCCACAGUUAACAUUCAGAAGCAAUUAGAGACCUUCCACUCAACCUUCAAAUCCCAUGGUCAUCGGGAAGGUAUGCUCCAAAGUGAGAGAACAGGAUUGUUACCAAAGAGAAAACUGCAAGGGGUGUUCUGCCCAAUCAGAGGAGGCUUCUUCAUCCUUCAACUCCAUGAUGAGCUCUUAUAUGAAGUGGCAGAAGAGGAUGUUGUUCAGGUAGCUCAGAUUGUUAAGAAUGAAAUGGAAAGUGCCAUGGAACUUUCUGUGAAGCUGAAAGUGAAGGUGAAAAUAGGUGCGAGCUGGGGAGAGCUGAAGGACUUCGAUGUGUAAUUGUAUGGCUAAGUCCUCAUGGGGAAGCCUGGUGUAGGUACACCUGCAUUGAAGAGAUUACCCUUUCACAUAUUUCAGGAAGACCAACUCUCCAGUCUUGAUGGAUGUGGAAUAGUAAUGUUAGUGAGAGUUUCAAAAUCCGUCACUAAUCUCUCUCAGUCUGAUCUCUUGGGCUUUCAGAAAUUUAUCCCAGGCCCCCUCGGCAUCCUUUUCUAUCAUCUUAUCUUCUACCUCACUAAUUCGUUCUUCAGCCUCAUUUAUCCUGCCCCGACUUUAUUCUCUGUAGCAUAAAGAAACUUUUUUUGAGGCAAAAUACCAAGUUUAAUGAUUAUAUUCACUCUCUAAGAGUGUAUAUGAAAUCGCCUUUUACAGCUCUUUGUGGCUCUAAACAGGUUCAGAACACAUGAUUGAAAUAUGCACUUAGCACUUUGGGUCUCAUCUGUCUGAAGCAUGAAGACAGUGUAACUGCUGUCUCAGGGGCAUUUCCAGGCCUGUGCAGGAGUCAGACACUUGUGAUGCAGACCCCAGCAGGAGCCAUACACAGAGAUUUGGUUUCAUAUACUACCACCGUUAGGCAUUGUGUGUGAUUUUUUUUCUCCAAUAUCAAUUUAAGACUACUGGAGUAGUCUUUGUAAGCAGCAUUGGCUAAUAAAUUCUGAAUUCUGUAAAGUGGUAGACUUGGUAUGGAUGUUGUCUAGGAAUGGAUUUUCAUGAAAUGGUGUUUCUUCUUUUCCCUCCUCAAUUCAUACAAUGAAUGUAUUUGCAAUACUUAGGUAUUAUAAAAUAAGCUACACCUCUUCAAGAGGUAUCCUGUUCUGUAAGGUCAGAUGUUUAUACUGCAGUUUAAUAUAAUAAUGCCAGAGAAGGAAGACACCCCCAUAUCCAUCUCUUAGUGCCCCUAUCUUUGUUUGUGGCAUGGUGAGAAUACCCAUGCUGAAGAGAUAAUAUUUUAUAAUUCCAAUUAAAGGUGCAUUACUGACUUUUUUGCUGUUGAAAUAAAAUGAAUUUAUG